AUGGAUCCUCCAUCCACUCCGUCUCAAUCCCCGGUCGCUGGAGCUCAGAGGCGCGCGUCCGAACAGCGAGAGUUUCCACCGGAUACGGCACCGACCGUUACAUUGGGCAGUGGUGGUGGUUCUGGGUCGAACACGUUGGCCAAUUUUUUUGAGGACGAACUACGUGGAUACAGGUUGAUGAAGGCUGCAAAACUCAGUCAAAGCGAGCGGCAAGCAGUUUUGGUUCAGACACAAAACAGCACCCACUACUAUGCCAUCCGUCAAGCUCUGCGAACUCUGUAUGCUGAGGAAAGUGAGCGAUCUCAGCUUCAUGAUCGUGGCCGCAGUGCAAAAGCUUGGUGGGCUAAUGGUGAGUGGGAGCCCGAGCAAGAGGAGUUGGAGCUGGACUGGAACGAGUGGAGUCCCACUUCGUGGGAUCAAUGGGAAGAUGAGCCCAAUAGCUUCUGGUAUGAUGGAUGGGAAGAAGAUGAAUGGGGCUACGAUGACUCUUGGUGGCCCAAUGAAGAAGAGCUGAAUCCCAUCGAGGAGAGUGAGAUUCCUGAGGAGCGUGGAAAAUCACCGAAAGGCAAGGGUGGCAAAGCAUUUUUCACGGAGCUCUACGUGAAUGUUCGCUGGGACGAAUUUCCCCAACGGUCUCGAAGCUCAACAAGAGCAGUCAUCGACACUGGAGCGACGGAAACCGCUGUGGGCAUUUCGUGUUUGGAAGAGAUGGUGAGCAGUGGGCAUUUUGUUCAUGAAGUUUCCCAUGACAGCCUUCCAGUGUUCAGAUUUGCCAAUGGACACAAGAGCAAAGCAUUGAGCAAUGUUGUGCUGCGCAAUACAUCGCUGGGUGCUCUCAAUUUUUACGUGCUAGGAGAUUUGGGGGCAACCACGCCGCCACUGUUGGGAGCCAAGACAUUGCGAGCAAAGAGAGCAUUGCUGUCGUAUUCGAACGGUUUGUUUUUGUUUGCCCCGGAACCAUCUGAACCCGGGACAACUUGCAGUGGAAACAUUGUGAAUGCAGUGCAAAUGGAAGCUUUGAGCUCGGGUCACCUCACUAUUGAUUUGGCAUCCCCACCAUUUCAAGUUGAAUCAGAGAUUGAUUUGAAUGUUUUUUGGAAGUUGAGCGAGCAGUUGCCUCCCGUGAGUUCGACCACCACAGUUCAGAGUUUGUUCGUGAUGCAUUCACCUCUCAAGCUCUCCGAUCGCUGUCAGCAACUCGUGAACGGCAUGGCCUCGAGCAAGGCCGCAGCAGCGAUCGACGACCCAAGACAGAGCGGCUUUCCAUGCUACGGCCAGCACAAGGGCAAGACGAGGCAGAACCAAUAUGCCACUUGGGUGGUGUGCCUCAAGUGUGGGAUUCGCCUGGAGUACCAGACGAAGAAAGCCGGCCACGGCGGCACGAGGCAGAUGGGUCCAGACCCGCAGAUCAUUCGGCUGGCACUGGCCGACAUCGACAAGAGCAUGGAAGCCAGCGAGGUCACGAUGGACGUGGUGAAUGGCAAGAUGAUGGAGAUCAAAGGCAAGAUGCUUCAGAUGGGCAUCCCAACGCCCCUCCAGCUGAACAUGACCUUGGACGAGUACCACCAGAGGCUGGAGAAGUUUGGCCGAAUGGAUGGAGUGCCAAUGACUCCAAACCAAGGCUCCAUCAAGUGCGGCCCGAUCGAGCCCGAGCGAGGUUCCAUCAAGUCCGGAACCCAAGAAGGCCAGCCAGAAGAAGGGCGUUCCGCCCGAAGGCCCUUUGGAGAAGGAGAUCAAGGAGAUGGCAAUCAAGGGCUAUCUGGCCGCCAAGAAGGAGAAGGAGCUGGAUGUCACGAAGGGCAAGCCACAGAUGAUUCCGGAUGGCCCGGAAGUGGUGAUGAUCCACUCGGAGGAGGAAGAGUGGGAAGCCCCGACGGAGAAGGGCAAGGCAUCUGGCGAUCCCUGAAGGGCUUGCGAGAAAGGCUGACCAGGCUGCAGAGUCGUGGCCUUGGAGCUGGUAUGGGCUCCGAAAGCGGUUCAGCAGCAGCGGAAGGCAGCACGGCAAAGACCUCACUCGGUCUCAAUCCACAGCAGGAUGCAAGCAUCCACACGAACAGCACCACGUGUCACCACGGCAACACGGCGUGCACCACGUGCUCAACGAGCAACACGACACACACCACGAACCUGAUGGCUGAACCCAGCCAUAUCCCUCUCUGGGACACGCACGGGCACCCACGGAGAGUUGGAGCACAAGCCCAACGGCAUGGGCCUACAACAAGAGCCAGACAAGCAGCAAGAACAUAG